AUGUCAAAUCCUGUCCACAUGAACAUCGCCAUUCUGGUGUGCGAUACGCCUCUCCCACCUGUCGUCGCAAAGUAUGGCGACUACUUCGCCAUGUUCCAGGGCCUUCUGGGUCAGGGCUUCCGCGACUUGGAUCUCAGCCAGGAGGCUCUCAAAGACGUCAAAUUGACAUUCAAGGAGCACCAAAUGGUCAAUAUGGAUCCAUUACCUGAAAUUGGAAGUGUUGAUGCGAUGCUCAUCACUGGAAGCAAACACGAUGCUUGGGCCGAUGAUCCAUGGAUUCUCCGACUCACCGAAUUCAUACAAAGCGCCGUGAAUCUUCAUAAUAUACCAGUUGUCGGAGUAUGCUUUGGGCAUCAGAUCCUCGCACGAGCCCUAGGGGCGAAAGUAGGCAGGAGCGAUGCUGGAUGGGAGAUAUCAGCGGGAAAGAUCGAUUUGACCGAGACCGGAAAGCAAAUUUUUGGCAAAGACACCUUGGUAAGUAGUCUUUGGGAGACAUUAAUCACACAUGAUCCUGAUUGUCCGCAGAGCAUUCACCAAAUGCACCGAGAUAUAGUCAUCGGCGCGCCUCCAGCUGGGUGUGUAAAUCUUGCAACAAGCUCAUUAUGCGACAUCCAGGGCCUCUACUCCCCGGGCAGACUGUUAUCGGUACAGGGCCAUCCUGAGUUCAACGAAGGUAUCAUGUCUUUCAUUCUGGAAGCCCGACAUGAUAAUGGUGUCUUUGACGAUGAGCUGUACAAGGAUGGUCUGUCCCGGGCGGGUGACCAUCAAGAUGGCAGAUUGAUAGCACGUACUAUGGCCAAGUUUAUGCUGGAUACGAAGAUAACUAGUUUGAGGAAAUGA